AUGGCCCUCACGAGCGUUUGGAAUAACACUGGGAUUCUCGCCGGAGUGAGCGGGGUUUCUCUUCAUCAUUUAUUGUUCAGACAUGGUGAAUGGGAUACAAAGUCUUCGAAUAUUGCACUCAGCUACUUAUGCGCCACGCUCAUCGGAGGAGCGUAUCUACUUCACUCACCGAUUACCCUCAAUGGCUUAGUAAUUAUAUCUGCGUCCGACUUUCUCUUAUUGAUUGCAUACCAUUUCCUGGGCAUGCUUGGGAGUAUCCUUGUUUAUAGAGGUCUUUUUCAUCGUCUAUCUAGAUUCCCGGGACCAUUUGGUGCACGUUUGUCCACAUUGUAUCUUACAAUCCAAACAUGUAAGCGCAUGAAAAUCCACCAGGAUGUCCAUCAAAUCCACCAACAGUAUGGGGACUACGUGAGAGUCGGUCCCAUGGAAGUUUCUAUCAUUGACCCUGCGGCAUUGAACCCUCUGUAUGGUAAUGCUUCAGAGACAGCUAAAGGACCCUUGUACAUAUUGAUGGAGCCCCUGGAUGGCCUUGUCUUUACUCGUGAUAAGAGAGAACAUGCCCUUCGCCGGAAGAUUGUGGAUCAAAGUCUUAGCAGCAAAGCUCUCGUGACAUACGAGCCAGUGAUAGCCAAAUGCACCGAGCAGCUGUUGCAGAUAAUUGAGAGCCGAUCGGGAAAUCCACUAAACAUAACCGACUGGCUAAAGCGGUACAGUUUCGAAAUCAUGGGCCAUCUUAUCUUCGGUAGACCGUUCAAUACAAUUUCCGAGGAAGGGGGAGAUACCUUCCUACUGGAUUCUAUUCAAUCUGACACGGUUAUGAUGGGAUAUUUGAGACAUAUGCCCUGGAUACCAGCCCUCCUGAUCAAGACACCCUUUUUUCGAAAAACGAACACGCGAUUCUGGACAUGGCUCGAGACUAACUUUAGGCAUAGAACAGAGAACGGAUCACAGAAUCCUGACAUCUUUUCCUGGCUCCUCAGUGCACAUGAAAAGAGUCCAAAGACAAGGCUAGAUACCUACAAGCUACAUGGUCUAGGUUAUUCUACCCUACUCGCUGGAAGCGAUACUUCAUUCUCCGCGGCUACAAACGUUUUCUUCAACCUAGCGCGCGAUCGUGCACUUGCACACAAGUUGCAGCAAGCAUUGGACGAUGUUCCCGACAUGAGCGAGCAUAACCUGCGGAAAAUAGAUCUUCUGAACGCCGUAAUAUAUGAGACGCUUCGCUUAUAUCCGCCCGCUGCCGCGGGGUUUCAACGCAUCACCCCCAAGGAAGGCAUCCGCAUAGGGGAAAACUAUAUUCCCGGCAACGUUCUUGUCCAGAUCCCUAUAUACUCCAUCCAUAGAGAUGAACGCUCAUUUGAGCGGCCUGAAGAAUUCCUCCCCGAGCGUUGGACUACAAGACCUGAGCUAGUAAAGAACCGAUCACUUUUCAUUCCUUUCCAAACUGGCCCGUAUGCGUGCCCAGGAAGGCAACUUGCCAUGAUGGAGUUAAGGCGUGUGACCGCCGAGGUCUUUCGGAGAUAUGAUGUAUCAUUGGCACCAGGGCAGACUGAACAAGACUUUCUCAAGGAAUCGCCAGACUUGAUGGUUGUAAUUCCUGCAUCAUUGCAUUUGCAGUUUACUUUGCGCGGCGGAUAA